AUGAGCUCUGAACCUCAGCACCCAGCCAACAAUGGGACGCCGCCCCAAGACGUCAGCACGGCCUUCUUUGCCCGCGACAACGACGGUGUCGGCCCCUGGUGGCGUCUGCCUAUCGAAUUGCAACAUAUGGUACUCCGGCGCUUGGGCGAAACCCAGCUCUACCGCGACACCGGCAAAGCUGCCCACUGGUUCCUUCUGGAUUGCACUUACUGCACAGCCCCGGCAGGAAAGAAUCGGAUACGAAACCUGAACGUCCGGGACCGCAAGACGUGGCUUCCGGAGCACUUGACCAGCUUUAUGCGCUUCCGCACGAUGGAGCAGCCCAACGUCAGACGCCAGCCUGGCGACAAUCAAGUCUACUGGGACCGGCCGGAGCAGUUCGACCCGUGGGGCGAUUCGACUGGGUACUUUGGUCGGCACAACCCGUCCAUGUCCCGCAGGCGGCGCAACCUAUUCCGGACGCGCAUCCCAGGCCACGCCCAGGCGCUGAGGAGAAUCAUCCGGGGCGCGUCGGGCACCAACCGGCCCUUUAUCUUCUCGCAGCUGCCGAGGCCCCAGCAGCUCGACCCCUUUGUGUGGCUUUCAAUGACUCCCAGACAACCCAUCAACGGCUUAAAACCUUCGGCCCCGCCCGAAGACCCCAACGCAAAAGAAGGAUUCAGCUACAUGGUCAUCAACACGGCCGAGGACCUCGUCAUAAUCCAGAACAAGCGGCCGAAUCUGGUGCCCCUGCCGGACCCGAGGGUUGCAGAAAACCACGUCCUGAUGUUCGACCACUACCUGGUCAGCAGCGUGUACACGCAGUUCCAGCACCAGCGGCAGAUCGGCUACGAGGUCAACCUGGCCGGGGGGGAACAGACGGCCUACGAAGACCCGACGAGCCCCGAUUUUGGCGAGGACCCGGACUGGCACCCGCUGUUCUGGUCCGUCGUGCACUUCCCGCGGCUCGAGACCGUGUGGUUGAUCAACUACAACCUGGCGCUGAAGCCCGGCAGGAGGCCCCGCGCCGCGGACCGGCGGUUCCAGGCCCGUGGAUUGGACCUUUACGAGGUCGCCCGACCGACCGAGGAUGACGAAGGGGCGUGGCACGACUGCCUGGACUUUGUGCAGCUGGCGGAGAAGUUCGAGACCAAGAUGCUGACGCACUGGCAGGCGUGGUGCCACACGCGGCUGUGGGACGAGGGCGGGCGCGAGCGUGCCUACGGCGGCGACGAGCCGGCCCUGACCAUUGGAAACGACAUGGACGCCAACGGGAACCCGAAGCCGGACGUGCCCGCCUACCAGAUGGUUACGGACUUGUGGAAUCGCCGCGUGGCUUACGAGCCCGAGUACUGGGAGAGGCUGGCGCCGGCCGGGCCGACGCCGAGGAUCAGAGUCAAGGUGCUGGCCGUCAUCAAACACGGCGAGGUGGACGACGACUGCAGGGAUGAGGAUGCGGAGGAGGAGUUGCGUCGCGCGCGGCUGCCUGUGGAUAAGGAUGCCGACACUCCCGUGGAGGGUUUGGAUGAGGAUGGUGAUGAGGCCAUGGAGGGUUGUUAG